GGGAGUCCUCAAGAGGGGAGACAGAGGAGGAAGAGCCCAAAGAAGAGACUCACUUUAACAAGCUUCCUCCUUUUUGCUGACUGUGAUGCUCACAGCUGUCUUGGCUGAUUCAGAACUGCUGCUGCUCUGCAACCCCUGGCUGGCCUGGGAUUCUGUCCCAGCAAAACCCCAGGACACUUACAUAACUGAGACUACUGAACUGUGAAUUGAAGGGAAGAUCAUUUCUGCUCGUGAGGGAAAAGAAAGGUGAAGAACCCUCAUGGAAGACUCUCAGGAUCUAAGUGAUCAAUCAGUAAAGAAACCUUGUACGGAGUCAGAUGGUUCAGAGCCACAGAAUCCCAGGUCUAUGGAAAUGCAAGAUUUAGCCAGUCCUCAUAAUCUUGUUGGAAGCAGUGAUGGGCCUGGUAGUUCCAAACUGGAGAAACCUAAUCUCAGUAGCACAUCAGUUACGACAAAUGGAACAGGAGGAGACAACAUGACUGUGUUAAAUACUGCAGACUGGCUGCUGAGUUGCAGCACUCCCUCUUCUGCAACAAGUAUGAGAGACUCUGUGUCUCUUCUUGCAGUAAAAACAGAACCCUUGAAUAGCAGUGAAACAGCAACAACAACUGGAGAUGGAACACUUGACACUUUUACUGGGUCAGUAAUAACAAGUAGUGGCUACAGCCCAAGAUCAGCACACCAGUACUCUCCACAGAUAUAUCCCUCCAAGCCCUAUCCACACAUUCUUUCUACACCAGCAGCUCAAACAAUGUCUGCCUAUGCCGGACAAACCCAGUAUUCAGGAAUGCAGCAACCAGCGGUCUAUACAGCCUACUCCCAGACAGGACAGCCCUACAGCUUGCCCACUUACGAUUUGGGUGUAAUGUUGCCAGGCAUCAAGACGGAAAGUGGGCUCUCGCAGACCCAAUCACCACUGCAGAGCGGGUGCCUCAGUUACAGCCCAGGUUUUUCCACCCCACAGCCAGGCCAAACACCCUACUCUUACCAGAUGCCAGGUUCUAGUUUUACACCAUCAUCCACUAUUUAUGCAAACAAUUCUGUUUCAAAUUCUACAAACUUCAGUAGUUCUCAGCAGGAUUAUCCAUCAUACACAGCUUUUGGCCAAAAUCAAUAUGCACAGUAUUACUCAGCAUCAACAUAUGGUGCAUAUAUGACCUCAAACAACACGGCUGAUGGCACUUCAUCAUCAUCAACCUACCAAUUACAGGACUCUCUCCCAGGCCUGACCAGUCAACCAGGUACAGAUCUGCAUUCAGGGGAGUUUGACACAGUACAGAGCCCCUCCACGCCAAUCAAAGAUCUUGAUGAGAGAACAUGUAGGAGUUCUGGGUCAAAGUCUCGGGGUAGAGGGCGGAAGAAUAAUCCAUCACCCCCUCCGGACAGUGACUUGGAGCGUGUAUUUGUUUGGGAUUUGGAUGAAACAAUCAUAGUUUUUCAUUCGCUGCUCACAGGAUCCUAUGCACAGAAGUAUGGCAAGGAUCCACCAAUGGCAGUGACCCUUGGACUGCGAAUGGAAGAAAUGAUUUUUAAUCUUGCUGACACACAUUUGUUUUUUAAUGAUUUAGAGGAGUGUGAUCAAGUUCACAUAGAUGAUGUUUCUUCUGAUGAUAAUGGACAAGACCUAAGUACCUACAGUUUUGCAACUGAUGGCUUCCAUGCAGCUGCAAGUAGUGCAAACCUUUGUCUGCCAACAGGUGUAAGAGGAGGGGUUGACUGGAUGAGGAAGCUGGCUUUCCGUUACAGAAGAGUAAAAGAGUUGUAUAAUACUUACAAGAACAACAUAGGAGGACUCCUGGGUCCCGCUAAAAGAGAUGCAUGGUUGCAAUUAAGAGCAGAGAUUGAAGCUCUAACGGACUCCUGGCUAACAAAUGCACUUAAGUCACUAUCAAUUAUCAGCACAAGGAAUAAUUGUGUAAAUGUGUUGGUAACAACAACCCAGCUUAUCCCAGCACUUGCAAAAGUUCUGCUAUACAGCUUAGGAGGAGCUUUUCCUAUCGAAAAUAUUUACAGUGCAACAAAAAUAGGAAAAGAAAGUUGCUUUGAACGAAUAAUGCAAAGGUUUGGCAGAAAAGUAGUGUAUGUUGUAAUUGGGGAUGGUGUAGAAGAAGAACAGGCAGCAAAAAAGCACAACAUGCCCUUCUGGAGGAUAUCCAGUCAUUCGGACCUCUUGGCUCUCCAUCAAGCACUGGAACUAGAGUAUUUGUAACUGUGUUCUAAAGCUGGCAACCCUUGUAUAUGUAUAUAUAUAUACACACAUAUAUAUAUAUAUUUCAAGUACACUGAAUUUUUAUGUGUGAUUCAAUGCCUCUGGCUUUACACAUAUGAAUUGUCUUAAGAAAGGAAGAAAUAUUUGGGAUUAAAAAUUCCAAGUUGGAAGAAUUCAGAUUGCUGAAUGGAGUUAAAACAUUAGUGCUACGUAAGGAAGCUCUAUGGUCUUAUAUAUAUGCAACGUUUUCAAGUGAAUGAGAACUGUGGAGGUUGCUGGUACACACCAAGUGAGCCCUGACAGGAGUGAACAAAUGACUCAGAACUGGCAAAUCACCAACAUACAUUUUCCAGCCGACAAGGUGGUGUUCAACAACAUUCCUCAAAAUGGGAUCUAUUCUCAGCACUGAGGUUUGAACCAGACUUUAGCCUACCUAACCCAGAAAAUCUGAAUUGGAAUGCACUCAGACUGUAUAAUGACAAUCCUGUCUAGACCUGUAAUUUGUGUAAAUUAUUGGUGAAAAUAAUUUACUGUGACUUUAUUAGCAGCUGAUUUUGGAAGUGGAUGCAAUUUUUCUUUCUUU